GAACAAAAUAAUGAUUACUAUUCACCCGGUAUCAGAAGACGGGAGGUGCGAUGCUCGGGCCCCUUCGGGUACACGAGUUCCUACAGUGAGCGACGUCCCUCUGUUGAGAGCUGUGUGUGAUUCGGUACAAUCGAACGAUGUCGGCGGAGAUGACCUGAUUUCAGCUCUGUAAUGAAGUGGAGUGUAAGACAGGGGGCAGAAGUGUUGAAGCAAAGCAGCUUCGUGCGAUAGACCUGCCCUAAUGCGAUUGAGAGCUAGCAGAAGGCAGGGUACUCCUGGUUCGCAAGGCGUGUGGAUAUUGCAACGAUCGCAGCCUUAAUGGCGCGUUUCCACCGACUGAAAGCCCUUUGCAAGUGUUAAACGUUUGGUCUCAAUGUGUCUGGUGAGCUGAUAGCCAUGAAGAGCGACCUGGGCAACAGCAGGUGUCCUUGCUUUGAAAUCGUGGCCCUUUGGCUGUUCUUUAUCCCGCUGACCCCCAGCGCCAAGGAACAUGAAGUGGGGAAGAGAGUUCUGCUGUCCAUGAACACGGCGCAGCGCUCGGUGGCUCGGAAGGACGGCGAUGUGAUCAUCGGCGCUCUAUUCUCGGUGCACCACCAGCCCCCGGCAGAGAAAGUGCCCGAGAGGAAGUGUGGAGAGAUUCGGGAGCAGUAUGGGAUCCAGAGGGUAGAAGCCAUGUUCCACACUCUGGACAAGAUCAACGCCAACCACAACAUCCUGCCCAACAUCACCCUGGGCUGUGAGAUCAGGGACUCGUGCUGGCAUUCCUCAGUUGCCCUGGAGCAGAGCAUCGAGUUCAUCCGCGACUCGCUCAUCUCCAUGAGGAACGAGAGGGAUGGGCUGACCCAGUGUCUGGAAGGACCAGUCGACGGUGCAAAAGCCAAAACUCCCAUAGCCGGGGUGAUUGGGCCGGGUUCCAGUUCUGUGGCCAUUCAGGUGCAGAACCUGCUGCAGCUCUUCAACAUUCCCCAGAUCGCCUACUCCGCCACGAGCAUCGACCUGAGCGACAAGACACUGUUCCAGUACUUCCUGCGAGUUGUACCUUCAGAUACCCUUCAGGCCCGGGCAAUGCUCGACAUUGUACAGAGGUACAAUUGGACCUACGUGUCGGCUGUUCACACUGAAGGGAACUAUGGAGAGAGUGGGAUGGAGGCUUUCAAGGAGUUAGCAGCACAGGAGGGACUCUGCAUUGCACACUCGGGUAAAAUCUACAGCAACGCCGGGGAGAAAGCCUUCGACCGGCUGCUGAGAAAAUUAAGGGAAAGGCUGCCAAAGGCAAGAGUUGUCGUCUGCUUCUGUGAAGGCAUGACGGUGAGAGGCCUGCUGAUAGCAAUGAGAAGACUUGGGGUACUGGGAGAGUUUCUGCUGAUUGGCAGAUAUCCAGCCAGUUUUCCUUCCCUCUGCCUCACUUGUCGCACCAGUGAUGGAUGGGCAGACCGCGAGGAGGUGAUUGAAGCUUACGAGCAAGAGGCGGUGGGAGGAAUCACCAUCAAGCUACAGUCCGCUGAGGUCACCUGGUUCGAUGACUACUACCUGAAGCUGAAACUGGACACCAACACCCGCAACCCCUGGUUCCCUGAGUUCUGGCAGCACCGCUUCCAGUGCCGUUUGGAAGGGCAUCCACAGGAGAACCAAGCUUUCAAAAAACUCUGCACAGGGAAUGAAAGUCUAGCAGAAAAUUAUGUGCAAGACACCAAGAUGGGUUUCAUCAUUAAUGCCAUUUAUGCCAUGGCUCACGGAUUGCACGACAUGCACAAAGCACUCUGUCCAGGCCACACGGGACUAUGUGAUGCAAUGCAGCCUGUCGAUGGUAGCAAAUUACUACAGUUUCUAAUAAAGACAUCCUUCAUUGGAGUUUCUGGUGAGGAAGUGUGGUUUGAUGAAAAUGGAGAUUCUCCAGCAAGGUAUGAUAUUAUGAACCUUCAAAUGACAGAGAAUGGUCUGUACGACUAUGUGAACAUAGGGACUUGGUAUGAAGGGUUGCUGGACAUAGAUGACAACAAGCUUCAGAUGAACAUGUCCAAGAUGGUGCGUUCUGUCUGUAGUGAACCGUGCACCAAAGGACAGAUUAAGGUUAUUCGGAAGGGAGAGGUGAGCUGCUGCUGGAUAUGCACCACGUGCAAGGAGAACGAGUACAUGCUGGAUGAGUUCACGUGCAGGGCCUGUGAACUGGGCUGGUGGCCAAAUGCUGACCUCACAGGUUGCAAAAGGAUUAUUGUGAAGCACCUGAGCUGGAGCGAUGUGGAGUCUGCUAUCGCCGUGGUCUUCUCCUGUCUGGGGAUCCUUGCCACCAUGUUUGUCACCCUCAUCUUCGUGUUGUACAGGGACACACCGGUGGUCAAGUCCUCCAGCCGGGAGCUCUGCUACAUCAUCCUGGCCGGCAUCUUCCUGGGCUACAUCUGCCCAUUCACCUUGUUGGCUAAGCCGACUCUGGCCUCCUGCUACUUCCAAAGGGUGCUGGUGGGACUCUCCGCUGCCAUGUGCUACUCCGCCUUGGUGACCAAAACCAACCGCAUCGCCAGGAUCCUGGCUGGAAGCAAGAAGAAGAUCUGCACUCGGAAGCCGAGGUUCAUGAGCGCCUGGGCUCAGGUGGUGAUUGCUUUUGUGUUGAUCAGCGUUCAGCUGACCAUUGUGGUCACGCUGCUGAUUCUGGAGCCCCCUACCCCUGUCCUUUCCUACCCGAGCAUCAACGAAGUCUUCCUAAUAUGCAACACAAGCAACCUGGGUGUGGUGGCUCCUCUGGGGUACAACGGGCUCCUCAUCAUGAGCUGCACCUACUAUGCCUUCAAGACAAGGAACGUCCCCGCCAACUUCAAUGAAGCCAAGUACAUAGCCUUUACUAUGUACACAACCUGUAUCAUAUGGCUGGCUUUUGUCCCGAUCUACUUUGGCAGCAACUACAAGAUCAUCACCACCAGCUUCUCGGUUAGUCUGAGUGUGACCGUGGCCCUGGGCUGCAUGUUCACCCCGAAGAUCUACAUCAUCAUCGCCAAGCCCGAGCGCAACGUCCGCAGCGCCUUCACCACCUCGGACGUGGUGCGCAUGCACGUGGGCGAUGGGAAGGCAGCCUGCAGGUCCAACAGCCUGCUCGACAUGUUUAAGAGGAAGAAAACCACCACCAACAAUGCGAGUUCCAAUGGGAAGUCUGUGUCGUGGUCUGAACCAGGAACAGGACGGCCAGCAAAGGGACAGCACAUGUGGCAUAGACUCUCUGUCCACGUGAAGAGUAAAGACGGUGCCUCCAAUCAGACAGCUGUCAUCAAACCCCUGACCAAACCGUAUCAGAACCAGAUCAAAACCCUCAACUUCUCUGACGUCAGCACAAAAGCCCUUUACAAUGUAGAGGAAGAGGAUGAAAAUGAUCCUUUGAGACCUGAUGUUCCCAAUAGUCCAGAGAUGAUGUUAGAGGGACGAGCAAUGUCUAUCACGCAGCUUAAAGAGAUAGAAGAUCCCGAAUAUUUCAUUUCUGAUCAGAUGCAAAAAGGCGUUUCGGUCAUGGAUCACUUGCACGGAGUGCCCAAUACAUUUAAACCCAAUAUGAUUGACCUUAAUUCAAUGCUUGCUGUGCCGGUGUCAGGUAACGGGAUGAAUCCACUGUACCAACUCAAUCAGGAUGUGCUUCCGCUGCAAAUGACAACCUUCAGUCCUCAACCCAUCUCGCCCGUUGAAGAGGAAUGCGAAAGAUUUGACCUCAUAGGUGACUUCAUGUACGACAGCACUGAGAACCCGGACGAGCUGCCCACCCCCAACAAACUUACCUUGGAGGACUCUCCGGCGCUCACUCCACCCUCUCCCUUCAGAGAUUCGGUGGCAUCCGGCAGCUCGGUUCCCAGCUCGCCCAUCUCCGAGUCGGUGCUGUGCACCCCGCCGAACGUAACCUACGCUUCUGUCAUUCUGAGAGACUACAAACAAACUUCCUCCACUCUGUGAAGGCUUAGCCCCUGUGGCCAGAGUCAACGUUGCCGGGAAUUUCAAUGUA